CACUGCACACAGCCGAGCCGAGGCAUCCCGUGCACUUCUCCAUGGACGCCGCCGGCACGCGCGGCCGAGACCUUACCGCCGACCCCUCCUCCCGGUUCUUCGUCGACGCCGCCCACCCGUAUGCCUCCGCUGCCGCCACUGCGCUGACGUCCCACCGCGCUAAGUCCAAGUGGUCCCACCUCUCCUCGAUCCCCGUCCCCUCCCCGCUCCCUGCCUCCGCCGCCGCCGCCGUGCUCCUCCUCCUCCGCCGCCGCCCGCACACCGCGCUCCGCUUCCACGCCUUCGCCCUCCGCCGCCUCCUCCCGUCCCACUCAGCUCCCCCUCUCGUCCUCUCCGCCUCCGCCGUCCACGUCGCAGCCGCCUCCCGCCUCCGGGGCGCUGCCCUCGCCGUCCUCUCCUCCGCCUCCCGCCACUACUCCCCAGCCCAAAUCUUCAAUGCCCUGGCUGCCACCUACCGCCGCUUUGCCUCCGCUCCAUUUGUCUUCGACCUCCUCCUCCUAGCCUACCUACGCUCCCGCCGCGACGCCGUCGCCGCGGCCUCCGUCGCCCGCCGCAUCCUCGCCGCCGGCGGCCGACCGCUCCCCACCACCGCCGCUGCUCUUCUUCGCUCCCUUCCCUCCUCCGCCGCGGCGCUCGACAUGUACCAUCAAAUUUACACGCAUUCAACUCCACAAAAAAAUCAUAUGCUCCUGCCGACAGUUCACACCUUCAAUUCCCUUCUCCUCGCUUUCUACCGCGAGGGCAAGUGCGAUGAAUUCAAGAUUGUGCUCCAGGAAAUGGGCAAAUAUUCCUGCAAGCACAAUGUCUGCACCUACAGCAUUAGGAUGGUCGAGCACUGCGAUUGCAGAGAUGUGGGGAAGGCACGAGGACUGUGGGAUGAGAUGAUUCAGGAAGGUAUCCAGCCUGAUGUAACUGCAUACAACACGAUGAUUGGUGGCUAUUGCCGUGCUGGGGAGGUAGGAAUGGCAGAGGAGAUGUUUAAAAAUAUGGAGAUGGGUGGAAUUGAUCCAAGUGCCACGACAUUCGAAUGGUUGGUUAGGGGGCAUUGUAUGGUAGGGGAUGCUGAGGCGGCAAUGCUUGUUUGUGCAGACAUGAGGAGGAGGGGGUUUGGGUUGGCAUCAGAGGUUGUUGAGGAAUUUCUGGAUGCAUUAUGUCAAAAUGGUAGGGUUCAGGAUGGCUUGGGUGUUUUGCGGGAGGAAAUGAGGAGAGAAGAGUUUGUGCCGACUCGGAGGAGUUAUGAGGUAUUGAUAAAGGGGUUCUGUGAUGAAGGGGAGGUGGAGGUGGCGAUGAGACUCCAGGCAGAGAUGGCUGGAAAAGGAUUCAAUGCUGGUAGUGAGGUGUACCAUGCAUUUGUUCGUGCCUAUGAGAAGUCUCAAGACUAUGAGAUGGUGGAGAAGUUGAGGAAAGAAAUGUUGGUUAUGCGCACUUAGGAUUGUGAUAGUUCGCUUGGUGAUGGCGUGAUGCGCACUUAGGAUUGUGAUAGUUCGCUUGGAUAUUAGACAGUGAUGUAUGGAUUUCAAAAUCAGCUUAUUGCAGUAGAGAACUCAGGACCAGAUUGAGAAUUAGUAAAUCUUCUUUGUGAUUCGGUAGGCUUGAAUGUUAUUCCUGCAGAAAGCACAAUGGAAAGUCGGGACAAGCAGCAUUUAUUUUCUGGGUAAAUGCUUUUCUCACUCUGGCUCUAUUAUUACUGCUACUAUUUUACCUGCUACUAUCAGGUGAUAUGUUUACUGAGGAACAGAAUGAGCUGGUAGAAUCAGCUGCAGAGAUGCUGUAUGGCUUGAUUCACGCACGCUACAUUCUGACCAGUAAAGGACUGGCUGCAAUGCUGGAGAAAUAUAAGAACUACGACUUUGGGCGGUGCCCACGAGUUUACUGCUGCGGUCAGCCAUGCCUACCAGUUGGACAAUCGGAUAUCCAUCGGUCUAGUACUGUGAAGAUAUACUGCCCCAAGUUGUAAAAGAAAAGUAAUGCUGGCUGGCUAUGACUAGUGGCUGAUACCGAUUUGGUGUGAGAGAAAAACACUGCUGGCUGGUUGGCUGACAAGCCAGACGAACAGAUGAGAGCAUUGGACAUGCUCCACUUUCAAGUAAACCCGUGAUCUUCAUGGAAGUGACUAUGAUGUAAUCACUCAAUCUGUCCCGCGUUCUGCAGCAGUCAGGGAGGUGAGAUGCUACACUAAUAGCACCGCGCCUGUGAUCUGCCUAGCGUUGUUUUGUGGAGUCCUGCUGCUGCGCCUGGUGAAAGUGCUCUAUAAGACUGUCACCACGAGACGAUCCCUUACCAUGAAGCAACGACCCAAUCUUGUCAUAAGCACCCUGCACCGCCUGCUACCUAGGUCCACUACUAUCUCUGCACCCCUUCAGGGCCAUGCCGCUGCUUGGACGUUGCGGGCAUUUGUGGUGAUGUCAUCAAAUGGAUUCGCAGCACUGCAGGCUUUGAGCCUUUGAUGAUCGUGUGUUGUGUGCACUUCACUUCAAUCUUGUCUUUGUUGGCGGUGUAAAUCACACUGUUAGCAUGCUCUAUAUUCGCCUUA